AUGUCCCGAAGAAACAUCAGCUCAGGUUCUGCCUUUGAGGCACAAAUCGGCUACUCCCGCGCGGUGGUCUCGGGCGAUCUCAUCUUUGUGUCUGGAACCACGGGUUACAACUACGCAACAGGCGUCAUAUCUCCCAACAUUGUCGAGCAGACGGAGCAGACGAUGGAGAACAUCGCCGCCGCCCUCGCCGAGGCCGGCGCCGAGAUCAAGGAUGUCGUGCGCGUCCGCUACAUCCUCCCCGACCGCAACGACUUUCAAAAGACAUGGCCGGUGCUUCAAAAGUACUUUGGCGACGUCCGCCCCGCGGCGACCAUGAUCCAGGCGGCGUUGAUGGAGGACGUGAUGAUGAUUGAGAUUGAGGUCACGGCCAAGAAGGAGGCUGCCAGUUUGUAG